AUGGAACAGCUAGUUGAGAAUGCAAGAGGAGCAAUACUGGGUGGUAGUGCAGGUGAGGAGUUGACUAUUACUGGGAUUGCUAAUUACCAGCCUUGCGACGGAUUAAUGAAGUUGAAAGUGGCUGUGGCAGAUUUUAUGUCUCAAAUCAUGGAAAAAGAAGUUCCCUUCGACCCCUCACAAAUAGUGUUGACAGCAGGUGAAACUCCUGCAAUUGAGAUGCUUAGCUUCUGUUUAGCAGAUGCUGGAAAUGCAUUUCUUGUUCCAACACCGUAUUGCCUAGGAUUUGAUAGGGAUGUAAAAUGGCGGACAGGGGUGGAUAUAAUACCUGUUCUUUGUCGUAGUGCUGACAACUUCAAUUUAAGUAUAACAGCGCUUGAUCGAGCAUUCAACCAGGCAAAGAAACGCGGUCUCAAAGUUCGAGGAAUAAUAAUUUCAAACCCGUCACAUCCUGUAGGUAAUCUGCUUAAUCGGGAAACACUUUAUAGCCUGCUGGAUUUUUCCAGGGAAAAGAACAUACACAUCGUUUGUAAUGAAAUAUUUGCUGGCUCCACUUAUGGAAAUGAAGAGUUUGUGAGCAUGGCAGAACUCAUCGAUUUAGAAGAUUCAGACCGGGACAGAGUGCAUAUAGUAUAUGCUCUAUCAAAAGAUCUGUCUCUGCCAGGUUUUAAAGUGGGUGUUAUCUUCUCCUCCAAUGAGAAAGUUGUAGCUGCUGCGAAAAAGCUGACAAGGUUCUCAUCCAUUUCAGCUCCAACCCAGCGUCUGCUUAUCUCUAUGCUUUCAGAUAUUAAAUUUGUUCGAGAUAUCAUUCAGACUAACAGGAAUAGAUUGCAAAAGAUGUAUGUUGCGUUUGCAGCAGGACUGAAGCAAUUGGGCAUUAAAUGCAUAAAAAGCAAUGGGGGUUUCUACUGUUGGGCUGACAUGAGUGAGUUAAUCAGCUCUUACAGUGAGAAAGGGGAGCUUGAGCUCUGGGAGAAAUUGUUGAAUUCAGCUAAGCUCAAUGCAACUCCUGGAUCUUCUUGUCAUUGUAUUGAACCUGGAUGGUUUGGGUUCUGUUUUACUACCUUGACUGAAAGAGACAUUCCUGUAGUUAUGGAUCGGAUUCGGAAAAUUGCUGAAACAUUUAAAUCUCUCAGUUGAAAUGUGCAGGCCAUUCGAAAAUGUUAGAUCGCAUACAGCAAAUUUUUGUUAGCAGUAGUUUGUUUAAUAAUGGUUUGUUUCCUCACCUGCACCACCACCCAGUAUUGCUCCUCUUGCAUUCUCAACUAUUCUUCUUCUUUUUGGAAGAGGAAUUUGAUAUAGACGCUAAAGACAUAUACAAAACUGAC